CCUCCGCACAAAAGCUAUAGCCACACUGCACCACACGCUACUUCACUCCACUCGACUCGAUCACUGCCUCUCCUUCCUCACUUGUCCUCUCCCUCUCACUCUGCUCACUGGCACACAUACAUUGCGAGCCACUGUACUCGCUCGCUCGUAGUCACUGCCCCUGCCAAGAAGAUCUCCCGUAGUCAAUUCACUUGAUCGAUCAGGCCAGGCUACUAGUUACUUGAGCGAGUGAAAAAGAAAGGGAGGCCGGACGGGGAGAAAUUCGUGUGAGCGAGCGCGAGUAAGGAAUUAAGAGGGAAGAUACAGAGAGUUGGAGCUUGUGAUCAGGGGAUUGCGGUGAUGGGGCGAUCGCCGUGCUGCGAGAAGGAGGGGCUGAAGAAGGGGCCGUGGACGCCGGAGGAGGACCAGAAGCUGCUCUCCUACAUCGAGCAGCAGGGCCACGGAUGCUGGCGCUCCCUGCCAGCCAAGGCCGGGCUGCAGCGGUGCGGCAAGAGCUGCCGGCUCCGGUGGACCAACUACCUCCGCCCGGACAUCAAGCGGGGAAAGUUCAGCCUCCAGGAGGAGCAGACCAUCAUCCAGCUACACGCGCUCCUCGGCAACAGGUGGUCGGCGAUCGCCACGCACCUGCCCAAGCGCACCGACAACGAGAUCAAGAACUACUGGAACACGCACCUCAAGAAGCGCCUCGCCAAGAUGGGCAUCGACCCCGUCACGCACAAGCCGCGCUCCGACGCUCCCGGCGGCGCCGACGGCGGCGCCGAGGCCGGCGCGCAGCACGCCAAGGCCGCGGCGCACCUCAGCCACACGGCGCAGUGGGAGAGCGCAAGGCUCGAGGCCGAGGCGCGCCUCGCCCGCGAGGCCAAGCUGCGCGCGCUCGCCGCCGCCUCCGCCUCCAACAGCUCCACCUCCGCGCAGUACCUGCCGCACCCCGCCGCGCACGGCCUCGACUCGCCGACCUCCACGCUCAGCUUCGCCGACGGCGGCGCGGCGCUCGCGUCCGUGCUGGAGGCGCACGGCGCCGCCGUGCGCGCCGCCAUGCAGCAGCCCAUGCAAGCGUACGAGGAGGCGUGCAAGGACCAGAGCCACCACUGGAGCAAUGACGUCGACGCCGCCGACGCGGGCUUCGCCGCAGCGGGCUUCACCGGGCUGCUUCUCGACGUUUCUUUGAACCACAACACUACAAGGCAGGCGGGGAGCAUCGACGCCGAAGCGGAGGACGCCAAGGCGCACGAGACGGAGGAGGAGAAGAACUACUGGAACAGCAUACUGAACCUGGUGAACUCUUCCACGUCGCCGGCGGCGGUGCCCGAGCACGAGGAGUACUCGCCGGCGCAGGAGUUCUGAGUGCUGACCUUCGGCUUGCCUGCGCGCGCGCAAACGACCGGGCACAUGACACAGUAAAUAGUUAGUGGUCACCGUGGAAUAAGAUGGGACUAAUGCUCUGAUCUAUCUGACACAGUACGCUCUGAUUAAACGUGUGAGACGACGCUCGAAUUUAUUGCAUGUUUCAUUCGGCCAAAUUACAUGUUCUGUAAGACUAAUAUUUGUUACUACUGUUCUUGACUAUUGUAAUUCUAUAGCCAUUUUUACCAGCAAUAUACACCGACCCGAAUCUA